CCUAACCUAAAAUCCAGUUACCGUUUAAAUUUAUAAUUUUAUCCAAAUUAUCGAGAUUUAUUGAUUAAAAAAUAAAUUUCUGUAGGAAGUUGAUGCUGAGAUAGUUGUAGGAUAUGAGUAACUUAUUUGAAAAUGCAAAUUUUGCAAACAUAUCACAUCGAGAAGCUGCAUUUUUAAAUGAACUUGAUUCACUUAAAAUAAAUAACGAUGAAGUUUUAAAAUCUCAAAGUAAUACUAGCACAAGUAAUCCUAAAGAUCUCUGUAUUAGUAGUUUCGAAGAUGUAAUAUUUGCUGCUAAAGAUCAAAAAUCCAAAAAUUAUGAACUUAUACGCGAGGAACGAAGUUGUGUUAGAGAUACAAACAAAAUAUCUAAAUCUAUACAGUCUCUUAUUGAAACUAAAAUGAAACUCGAUGAAGAUUCUAAUAUUGAAAUGAGCGAAUUGAAAAAUACUAUGAGUAUACUAAAGAAGGUAGUUAAGAAGUAUGCUACAAACUUUAGAAUUUAUAUAAAUUCAGUUGAAGAGACAACGGCAGAUAUAUUUAGAGCUCAGGUCACAGUUGAGAAUAUUGAUGGAUCAAAAUCAUUCCAUAUUACAGUAAAUAGAAAAGAAAGGGAGAUAAUUGAUGUCAACAGCCUAUCUACUGAAGAAUUGAAAAAUAUCAAAAAUGAUUUAUAUAUGCAGAAUGGUUUCAAUAUUGGUUUACUUUUACAAUUUCUUAAAUAAUUUAAAUAUUGAAUAAUUUAAAAUAAAUGUAUAAAAUAAAUUUUUUAAUGAAAAUAAAUAAU